AUGAUUCAAAGAAAACGAAUUUUACAACAAAGUGGAAUAUUCCUCAAACAGAACCCAGGUGAAGCUCAUCUCACAAUUGAUGAACUGCGUAAAAUGGCUGCCAGUAACAAUGCUAGUGUAUUUAUGUCUAAAGUGUCAAGAUAUGUUGGCAAUAUUGCAGGUACUAAUGCUUACUGGAAUAGAGUAAGAGAGGAACUCAAAGCUAUCAUAACUAGUGUUGGAGCACCAACAUUAUUUUUCACUUUCUCCUCUGCAGAUAUGCAUUGGCCUGAGUUACAUGCUUUAUUUAAAUCUGGUACUGACAAUGAGUUAGGUAACUCUACCAGUGAUGUAAGACGACAAAAUGUGAUCAACACUCCCCAUGUUGUAGAUUGGUUUUUCACCCAAAGAUUAGAAAGCUUUGUAAAACACUGAUACACUUGGUGCAAAAUGGCACUGGUUUCGAUAUGAAUAUCAAGGUAGAGGUAGUAUCCAUUUGUCAUGGUACUGCUAAACUAAAUAAUGACCCAGGUUUGUGUCAACUGACUCAGACUGCUUUGAAAGGUUUCUUCGCUCAAAAAUUUAAAGAUGAAAAUGAUUGUUCUGACACAACUGAACUAGACCAGGAUAUUGAAGCUGGGCAGAAAGCAGCUGACACAGUAUGUCAGUAUGUUGAUUGGUUAUUAUCAACUGUCAAUCAUAAUCCACCAGAUGAGGACAUGUGGAUAAGACCUGAGAUUCAUCCAUGUCAAAGAAGUCAUGACAUUCCUGAAUAUGAAAAACAAUCAGAUUAUGUAGAUCUAUUAAACAUGGUUCAAUGACACACUCGUUGCGGUACAAGUUAUUGUCUUAGAAAGAAGUCAAAUGAAACAGACUUGAAAUGUAGAUUUCAUUUCCCUUUUGAUAUUUGUCCUAAGACAAAAUUAGAAUUUGAAAAAAUUCAUACUUCAGGUGAUAAGCAUUAUCGAGCUAAGAUUGUGACUAAACGAAAUGACUCUAUAUUAAAUAACCAUCAACAACUUCAGCUCCAAGGAUGGAGAGCUAACUGUGAUAUUCAAGUUGUUAAUGAUCACUAUGCUUGUGUUGAAUAUCUCACAAAAUAUGCAGCUAAAGGUGAACCAAGAUCACCUAUAUUGAAACAGGCAUUCAAUUCUAUUGUGCAAAAUGUUGACAGGAAUACUGACCCUCAUAGAGUUAUUAAGAAGGUAGUUAUGAAAUCUCUUGGUGAAAGAGAUUAUGCAGCUCAAGAGACCAUGCAUCAUUUGUUGUCUUUAAAACUCCAUAGCUCAUCAUUUAAAGUAAUGCCAGUUAGUCUAAAUGGUUCACGUAGAGUGUGUGAUACUGCAAAUAUUGAAGAGGGUGAAUCGUGCACCGAUUAUUCACUUCUUGAUGUCUAUGCUAAUAGUGAACAGUAUGAGAGUUCGCAAAAUAUAAUAAAUAUGAACUUUGUUCAAUUUGCUACAACGUACAAAGUUGUUAACAAUGAACUGACAAAAUUGCCAGAGAAUAUUAUACCACAAAUAUUUCCAACAUAUUCUCCUAAUCCCAAAGGUCCAAAUUUUGGCCUAUAUUGUAAAUAUCAACUUUUGAGGUAUAAACCAUGGAGAACAACCCAAAACAAUGCAUGGGGUGACCAAGUGAACCGAAAUUAG